UUUCAUUCUCACCUCACUGUCCGAGUCUUGACGGGGAAGUCACGGAAAACAAAUCCCCGAGGAUUCCACAGCGGCCAGGUGACUGACGACCCAUCAAUUCAGUGGCUGCUAAAAGGACGGCAGAUCCUCGACUAAAGCCCGGUUUCUCGCCCCCCACGCCCAGUUGCCCGCGAUUUUGGAUUUUGGUUGCACAUCCCACGAUCGCUCACCAACCCGCUUGAUCCGAACUUCCAGCAUUGGUCGACGACCGGCUGAUUGACUGUCUCCCUUCCUCGCAAUUCUUGACCUCGACACAAUCCCCGUGCCGGAUACCCAACAUCCAAGCCAACGAACACACGCACCGUACCUCAUACACUCAAUCAGUCAUGGCGGGCGCGGCCGAUUCCCCGGCGGCGCGCAACCUGGAGCGGCGGGAGAAACACCACGAGGCCGACGUCGUUGUGGUUGGGGCCGGCGUAUUUGGGUGUGCGAUCGCUUUCUCCCUCGCCAACCAGGGGCGUAGCGUCAUUCUGCUCGAGCGGAGGAUGCACGAGCCAGACCGCAUCGUCGGCGAGCUGCUGCAGCCGGGCGGCGUCGAAGCGCUGAGAAAGUUGGGGCUGGGACACUGUCUCGAGGACAUCGAUGCCAUUCCAUGCUACGGGUACCAUGUGCUCUUCCGGGGGGAGGAGAUUUCAUUCGCGUAUCCGCCGCUGAAAGUUGAUGGAGGCGUGGUUGUCGGGGCGGGCAGUAAGGAGGUUGCGAAUGGGCAUACGAAGCCGUUGCCCAGGCCUGAGGGGAGGAGUUUCCAUCAUGGGAGGCUUAUCAUGCAGCUGCGCAGGGCAUGCAUGGCGCACCCCAACAUCAGCGUGUUCGAGACCGAAGUCACCGCGACCAUCAAGGGCCAGCACAGCGAUGCCGUGCUAGGCGUACAGACCCGGACCAAGGACCCAGCCACCGGCACAAAAACCCCCGACUGCUUCUUCGGCCAGCUGACCAUUAUCGCCGACGGUUAUGCUUCUACCUUCCGCAAGGAACUCCUUGGCACCACGCCCAUCGUCCGAUCCAAAUUCUACGCCCUCGAACUUAUCGACUGCCCCUUUCCGCCAGCCAACCACGGCCACGUCGUCAUCGACGACCAAUGUCUCGCCCUGCUCUACCAAAUUGGCACCCACGAAACCCGCGCGCUCAUCGACGUGCCCAUCGACCAUCCGGGCGCCUCCCCCGCCGCCGGCGGCGUGCGCGGCUACAUCACCAACUUUGUCGUCCCCUCUCUUCCCCCGCACGUCCAGCCCAGCGUCUACGCCGCCCUCGCCGACGGCAAAAUCCCCAGGAGCAUGCCCAACUCAUGGCUCCCGUCCCAAAAACAGACCCGCCAUCCGGGCGUCAUCCUCCUCGGCGACGCCCACAACAUGCGCCACCCGCUGACAGGAGGCGGCAUGACAGUCGCCUUCAACGACGCGCUCCUGCUCUCGUCCCUGCUCGACCCGUCCCGCGUCCCCUCGCUGGCUGACCACGCGGCCGUGCACCGCGCCAUGGCCUCGUUCCACUGGCGCCGCAAGGAGCUGACGAGUAUCAUCAACGUCCUGGCACAAGCGCUCUACAGCCUCUUCGCCGCCGACGACUGGCAGCUGCGCGCGCUGCAGCGAGGUUGCUUCCGGUAUUUCCAGCGCGGGUGGACCGACGAGCCCGUGGCGCUGCUGGGCGGACUCCUGAGGCGGCCGCUGACGCUGGCGUAUCAUUUUUUUAGUGUGGCCUUUCUGGCCAUCUGGCUGAGCAUACUCGACGUGUGCGGGCGCGGGAACGGGCUGGGCGUGCUGAUGCUGCCAGUCGCGCUGGUGCAGUCUGUGAUGAUAUUGUGGAAGGCGUGCGUCGUGUUCUUGCCCGUUUUUGGCACGGAACUGCGGUGAGCCCUUUUGUGAAGCGCGGCCGUUUAGCUUUCGUUCGGGAUACCAGGGGACAUAGACAAAGUAAGAUUUCGUGUAUUGUUAUGGAUUUGUGCCCGAGUAGCCUUCAGGGGAUGUAGAUAUUGGUAAUGGUAAUAAUGAGAGACGUUUGGACAU